GGGCUUUUGUGCUCGAGAGGUGAAUGAUGAAGAUCUAACUGCAAUCGCAGAUUUAUGUCAUAAAUUAAAAUAUCUAAAUAUUUUUAAUCGCACAGAGUUUUCUGAAAUAUCAAUUUGUAAUGUUAUUCAUUCUUGUCCAAGACUCCAACAACUUGAUUUUAGCUAUUGUGAAAUUACUGAUAUAACUAUCGAAGAAAUUGCUAAAUCAAGUCUUAAUUUAAAAUAUCUAAAUCUGAAAGGGU